AAGAUUAUGCGCUAAUUUGGAUAUUGGCUAAGCGGGGGCCGCAGAUGCAUCAGGGGAAAUGCAGGCCUGUCCCAGCGUGGCUGGAGAGCUGCCUUCGUCAUUCAACCUCCAGCUCACUCUAAUCUUGACCAUAGAACCUCCAUCUUUGCCUUUCCGCUAAUUCAAUAUCCUCUGCGGUCGCCGCCAAAACGAUUGCCUCUAUCUUUCUCUAAUCCGGUUUAAUUAGAGCGCCCUUUUUUUUUUCCCCUCGACUUCGAAUAAUAACUCCACGCGGCAGCCCAUAGCCCCCCAGACGUGACCAUGGCUCCCAAGAUCGAGGCGCAGGAAAUUGAGACGUACUGGAAUAUCUUCUCUACGCGAACAGGAGGCGGCAAGUUCCUUACAGGUGAACAAGCCGCUCCUGUUCUGAAGAACAGUGGCCUCCGAGAUGAUCAGCUAGAACGAGUGUGGGAUCUUGCGGACGUGGAUAAUGAUGGAAACCUUGAUUUCGAGGAGUUUUGCGUUGCCAUGCGCAUUAUCUUUGAUAUCCUCAACGGAGAAUACGCGGAUGUGCCGACAACAUUGCCCGACUGGCUUGUCCCUGAGUCCAAGGCUCAUCUCGUGCAGGCUGGCCAAGCUAUCACCGGAAAGUCAGUACAGUUCGAGCAGGUUGAGGACGACUCGGAAGACCUGGGGCUCAAAGACGGAUUCGAGUGGUACAUGAAGCCUGCGGACAAGGCCAAAUACGAGCAGAUCUACCAGGAGAACCGAGAUAUGCGCGGCGAGGUGGAUUUCCAUGCGCUCAGUGAUCUUUACGAAUCCCUUGACGUUCCCGAUACUGAUGUCCGAUCCGCCUGGAAUCUAAUCAACCCCUCGGCGCAAUCGACUAUCAACAAGGAUGCUUGUCUCGCAUUCCUACAUAUCCUCAACUACCGACACGAGGGCUUCCGAAUUCCCCGUACCGUUCCGGCCUCGCUUCGAUCGAGCUUUGAGCGCAACCAGAUUGAUUAUCAAGUCGACAAUCAGCGAACAGGCGCUAACUCGCGAUGGGCCACCAAGGCCGACGAUACCACGAGCACCGGCCGCAAGGCUAAGUUUGGCGAUCAAUACCUAACGCGCCUGGGUCGAAGCGGCUUCAAGAGCUCGGGCACGGAUUUCUCGACGGAAAAGACGGAGGACUGGGAAGAGGUUCGACUGAAGCGCAAGCUCCAGGACCUCGAGGAUAAGAUAAAGAAGGUGGAGGAGAUUGCGGAACGUCGGAAAGGUGGCAAACGCGAUUCUAAGCCUGCACUUGUUAAGAAGGAACUCGAUCAAUUGCUCGAAUACAAGCGACGAGAACUUCGGGAAUUGGAAGAGGGAACUGGUAAGAGCGCGGCUGGAGGAAGUCUCAAGAGCAUACAGGAAGAUCUCCAGACAGUCCGGGAGCAGGUUGAGGGUCUAGAGAACCACUUGAGAACACGAGAGCAAGUUCUUGAGCAGAUCAGGCGGGAGAUUGAAGACGAGAAGAGAGGAUAGGCGAACUAAUUAGGUUAUGGGUGUGGGUAUGUUGCCUUUUCUUUGUAGGAAUAUCAUGGCGCUUUCUUGAAUAGGAUAUAAGGCAUUGCACUACACAUAUUUUCAAUCACCACAUACUUCCGUUGACGUACUUCUUGGUACGUUCGAGACCUAAUGUACGACCCUUGACGGCCCAUACCGCAAGCGAUGGCACCGGGACUUUGCCUAGGCGCCCAGCUCCGCGACUCCGACCUGUGGCGCAUAGAAAAGCAUCGACUCGAGGACCACUCACAGGCUGUGGUUCCUUGCCUUUGAGUACCAGGUCAAUGUUCUUGAAGACGCCGGCAGCCUGAGCCUCCGUGAUCAAGAAUGCGGCGCGAGGCUUGGAUACGACGUCUCCAACUGCCCAUACGCCCUCUGCAUUCUUAACGCGCAUCUCAUCGUCCACGUCAGCGUAGCCCUGCUUGGUGAGCCACUCCUUGGGCAGGAACCCAGAAUUUGGCUUCAAUCCCAUCGUCGCGAGGAAUAAAUCUGUCACCAACUCCUCUCCAUUGGAUAGCUUAACCAACGUCUUGCCGUCCGGUAGUUCCGUCGUGUCCUCGGAUCGUACACCAGCACGGAUCUCAACGCCAAGGCGCUUCAGCUCAGACUCAACACUGCCAGCGAUCUGGUCGCCUGCGACAACUUUGUCCUCAGCUGAGAUGAGUAGAACGGUAGUCGAGGGAUAAGCAUACUGAAUCUCGCCCGCGAGUUCAACGCCUGUGGCUCCGGCACCGGCGACAACAAUAUGCGUAGCCUUUUCAACCUUUUCAGCUGUGCUGUGAAGGCUUUCCACGAGCUCUUCGUGCGAGCCGGAAGCUUUCCAAGGGAGUGAGGGAUCAACGGUUUCGGCACCGGUAGCAAUGACAAGAUGAUCAUAUUUGAGCACGGUCUUCUGGUCAGCACCGGCAUCCGUAUCGACUGUUACAGUACGGGCCGUAUGAUCAACGCCGGAAGCGGUGCCGACAAUGAACUCAACGCUGCCGGCAGGAUACUGGUCCAGGCCUGGCUUGAUAGGCGCAAAAAUCUCAUCAUCGUUUAUAACGCCAGGGACAAUGGCGCGAACAGAAGCUAGGUUCCAGUAAAAAUGGCUGCUCUGUAAGCUUGUCAGUAUCAAUGGCGUAAAGAGAACAGAAUUUGUUGAGUGAGUACCUUUGAGACCAGUAUAACUUUGAGGUCUUGCUCACGAGGUCGCGUGUACUUGAGUAGUUGGUGGGUGACGGCCAUACCGCCUAGGCUACCGCCUAAUACGACGACGAUCUUUGUCAUGAUUGCUCAAUUGAUGUGAAGUGAGCUUGAUGGUUAUUUCUUGGAGGUUUGUGGCACUCUUUAUCAAAAUUGAGUAGCUCAUGUAACGUGUAGAUAACGUCGGAGAGACAUGUGAGCUGUGAAAGUUUAAAGCCGAGCGAGCAUGAUUGUUCCGCUCCCGAUGGUCUUGGAGCAAUACUAAGCUCGCCUAUGACGAGUUCAAGGCUGUGUAACGAAAAGAUGUUCCGGAACGGCCUAUGUUUCAGGCUCGCCGGAUACUGCAAUAUCUGAUUUGAGGCUAUCGUAGCUUCAGCUGGUGUUAUUCAUGUGGCCUAUCUAUUAUGUUCUGGUCUCUUGUUCAGUCUCAGGCCC